UAGAUUCCUCCUGCGAGUUCUCAAUAAUAGCACUGAUCCCAUUCACCUGACCGACUACUAGUAUUCCUAUACUACACCCCAGAUCAACACCAUGGAACAAGGAGUGCACACCCAUAAAGGCCACAAGAAGGCCGGCCAUCCGCACCUCCAUCCCAAGCCCGAGACUGGCUACACCGACGAGGCGGCGGAGGAGUGUCAUGACCUCAUCGACCAGGCCGAGGAGGCUGCCCAUCUGCACGACCCAGACUCGAUGUACUCGAUAACGAACAAGCCCGAGCAUGUGCACAGGGCCACGGGCGGUCUGCAGGGCAGCGUCGGCAGCGCCGGCAAGGGCGCGGCCCAGAAGAUGCAAGAGACGGGCAAGGGCGUGGCCCAGAAGAUGCAAGAGACCGGCAAGGGCGUCUCAGAAACAGUCGGCCAGAAAGUGGACCAGAUGAAGAAGACUGUCGGCCUGGAAAAAUGAAAAAAAAAAUGAGUGAACCCGGCAAAGAUAUGUAUUCUUAAAAGAGAUUAUAAAAGAACCAGAAGAAAAACAAAUCGGCCUCUUCGGAAGGCAGACUGAAACACUG